CUUGUAUAGUAGAAAGUGAAAAAAAAGGGCGAACGAGUACAACGACCUAUCUCCACCCAAAAUUACCAAAAUCAUUUCUAAAACCCUAGACAAAAACCCUAGCUUUUCCCCCAAAUUCCACACGAACACAACAACAAUGGCUUGGCGUGGUUCGCUUUCCAGAUCUCUCAUCUCCACAGCAAGGGCUUCCGCCUUCCGCUCUUCGCCGCCACUCUCCGCCCCAACCCGCCUCCUUUCUUCCCCGUUCGUCACCCCUCGCCUACGGCCCCGCCGCCUCUCCUUCUCCAACCCCAGGACAUUGGGGGAACUUGGAUGUGCGCAGUCGUUGCUUCCACUGAGUAGCAUGGCCGGAGUACAGCUGACUUCACAUUUGGCUCUCAACGUGCGGGCUUUCUGUGAGCUGUCCCACGGUACCUUCCGCCGUUCUUGUCAAGAUCGCUAGUAGUUUCUUUGUGAGUCAAAUACUGUUGUUUGAGGAUAGUCAUUGUGAUAAAUGUUCCUAAAGGAACUGGAUUUUUUCUGAAUCCUCCUAUUAGUGUAACCAAAUGCAAAUAUGCAAUCACCCAUGAGAUAAAGUUUGGGGUAUUUGAAUUAUAUUUAACUUUGUCGAAUUCGGUUGAUAAAGAGAUUUGGAAUGAUUGGGAUUGAUAGGGAGGAUUGGAAAAGAUGGGUGAUUUCAGCCGCGCUUCCCGACAAUCAAAGGCUCCCUGACACUACCUUGUAGGUUAAUUUUAUUCUUUGAAUUGUAGUUCGAAGAACUUAGAAAGUAGAAGACACAAAAUCAUGCUUUUUUAACUUUUUAUUUUUGUAAAAUCUAUUUUUUUUAUUCUUUACAUUUUAACAAAUAUGCAAUAUAUAUGCUAGGGCUGAGUAUGAUUAACGCUUAAAGUAACUAUGUUCUUCUGGCUUCAAUGUCGUUAUGGAAGUUGUAUUGCUGGUUGAGUCUAUGAUCAUCACGUUUGUGUGCGCGUGUCAAGAAUAUAUGUUCAGAGUCGUGCAAAGUAAACAAUUGCUGUGAAUGCCUUAGUUACUAGUUAUCAAAUAUUAAAGACUUGUAUACUAAAUAACGAAAAGGUUUGAUAUACACGGAUUUUGCAGUAGUUUUUUUCAUUUUUUUGGGCUUUGGCACAAGAUGUUUCAUUGAAAUUAAGGAGAUUGAAUUCUUGUAUGUUAUGCUGAUUUGACUUGGUGGUCUCAUAUGUGAAAAAAUGGAAUACCAUAAAUUGAUCCUUUCUGGCCUAGCGUUACCCAAUUCGUGUAUGUAGAAAGAUGGCAAGAUCUUCAUUAGUUUCAUACAGACUCUAUCAGUCUAUCGUAAUUAGAUUGGAGUUCCUUACUCACUUUCUCAUUGUCUGUUCUGCACCACUAUCAUAGUGCUCAAGUAACAAGUGGCUCUACAUGCUACUCUCCCUUGGAGUGUGAAACAGCUCAGCAAGCAUGUCUUGUGUAAAUUAACUUAAUACGCUUAAAUACUCUGUUUUGUAUAAGAUAAACACAGUUUCAGACUUUUUCUCUGCGAUUGUCAUUUACUCAUCUUACGCUGUGGCAGGUACUUGAAUGCAUCUCUGGGUCUGGCACAUUAGGAGCUCAAAGAUCUUGGUCGGUUGGUGUGUCUUCCUGGAACUUUCCCUCAUUACAUAGGAAAAACAAAUAAAGAUAGGUCAUUCCCUCCUUGCCUUUGCAGACUGAAUUGCAAUUAGUGGCUUAAUGUGUUAAAUUCUGAGACACUCAAAAGUGCUGCAUUAUUCAUGCCUGCACAUGCUUGAACUGUAUAUUGGAGUUUGAUUCAUCAUGCUUUUUCGACUUUUGUGUUUACAUAUAGAGCAUUGGCAAUACGGUUGUCAACUUUCUUUUCCCUUUUAAUUUGAAGUUUUACUUUUGCUCUGCA